AUGGACUCGCGCUACAAAUAUCAUCUACGUAUAAACAGUCAUCACGAUCAAUUUCGCAAUGCUCAAUUAAUCAUCAACGCCGAUAAUGCAUUGGUCCUCCAAAAUUCCACCAACCAACCCCCAGUGCUGCUUCAGCCUGCUGAAGAUCUGUCACAAUUGCGAGUGCUGCCUGAGGGUCCAAGCCAGAAGUCGCUCCUCGUGACUGGCCCAAGCGGUAGAGGUCCAUACAGACUCGAGGCUUCAACAGAACUUGAGCCUUUUGGAUUGGGAUGCACCGGCCAUGGCCUAUUCAAGACGUAUCUCUCCAAGCAUAAUCACGUGGUUAUUGGAGCAGUCCGUGACCCACUGAACCCUCUGUCGAAGUCCCUGCUCGACCUCCCCACAGCGGAGGGCAGCAAAGCAAUCGUUGUCAAAAUCGACUCGGCCUCUGAAACAGACCCGUUCGAGGCCGUGAAGUUGUUGCAGGCAGACUACGGCGUCACGAAGCUGGACGUCGUCAUUGCCAACGCGGGCAUCCUAAAGAACUUUCCGCAGGUCAAGGACGUCCGCCCAGCCGAGAUGAAGGAGCACUUUGAUGUCAACGUCAUCGGCCCUGCCGUGAUAUUCCAAGCCGUGUUGCCGCUGCUUGAGGCAGCCGCCAAGGAUGGAGUCAGCCCGCCCAAGUUCAUCACCAUUGGCUCAUCGGCGGGCAGCAUCGGCGGCAUGGAGCUACGCCCCUUCCCCAACGCCACGUAUGCCCCCGGCAAGGCUGCCCUGCACUAUCUCACGAAGAAGAUCUACACCGAGCAUCCGGAGCUUAUUCCUCUGCCCAUCGACCCCGGAUGGCCGCGCUACGAGAUGGGUAACCUUGCUGCCAACCAUUUUCAGCUUGGUACCACCAAGCCGCGAUCACCUGCCCAAUCCUCUACCUCGUCACUUCCAAAAUAUACCCAAGAGCCAGUUGCCAUCGUUAGGUUGGCAUGCCGGCUUCCAGGCCACAGCAACACACCUCACGAACUUCGGGAAUUUCUCGAGCGUGGAGGUGUUGCUGAAAACGACCCCCCAUCAACAAGAUUCUCUUUUCGAGGGCGCUACGAUGGGUCCACGAAGGCCGGAACCAUGCGACCACCCGGUGGAAUGUUUAUCGACGCCGACCUAGCCGACUUUGAUGCACCAUUCUUUGGGAUAUCCAAGGUCGAUGCGAUUGCCAUGAACCCCCAGCAGCGUCAAAUGUUGGAGGUAGUCUAUGAAGGUCUUGAGAAUGCUAGCAUAACAUUGCAAGACCUGGAUGGCGCUCCUUAUGCCUGUCUUGUUGGGUCAUACGCUGUUGACUACGGUGAUAUGCAGGCUAGAGACCCUAUCGACAAGCAUCCUGGAUUUCCUAGGGCCAAGGCAAAUGAUUUAGCACUUUUUUGCUAUGGUCUUCUUCGUACUAACAUCUCAAGCAGCAUGACAAUUGAUACCGCAUGUUCUGGAAGCUUGGUCGGUUUGGAUGUUGCAUGUCGGUAUCUCUCCACUGGGGAGGUCAACGGCGCCAUCGUCGAGGCCAGCCACCUCUUUUUGAGCCCAGAGCACGUCAUGGCCACUGGAACAAUGAAGGCGGCACACUCUCCGUCUGGCAAGUGCCACACCUUUGAUGUAAAAGCAGACGGAUACAUCAAGGCGGAGGCUGUCAACGCUGUUAUCCUCAAACGCCUUUCAGAUGCCAUACGGGAUCAGGACCCUAUCCGUGCUGUUAUCCGUGGCUCUGCUACAAACAGUGACGGUAAUACUCCUGGAAUUGCAAGUCCCAGUGCGGCCGCACAGUCUCGAGCCAUUCGGUCAGCAUACGUCAAUGCUGGAAUUUCGGAUUUGAACCAGACACUUUAUCUGGAAUGCCAUGGAACAGGCACACAGGCUGGUGACCCGAUCGAAGUCUCUGGUGUAGCGGAUGUCUUUGCCGCACUUCGGCCUGACGAUAUGCCCCUGAUCACUGGCUCGAUCAAAGGCAACGUCGGCCACUCGGUGCCAGCAGCUGGUCUGUCUGGCUUGCUCAAGGCAGUUCUGGCUUUAGAGCACGAUUUCAUCCCGGGCAACCCCACGUUCGAGACUCCGAACCCGAAGAUCGAUAUGAAGGCGUUGAAGGUACGGGCCUCGAAAGCAAAUAUUCCAUGGCCAAAAGCCCAGAUAAAGCGUGCCAGCGUCAAUUCCUUCGGGUAUGGAGGAUCGAAUGCGCACGUUGUGGUUGACGAUGCACACUCAGCUCUGAAGAGAGCAGACCCUCCGCACACGCGCUCAAUCGUGACCGACUACGACGACCUAUUUACUGAUGACGGCAACGAAUCGCCGCAUGAGCUCAUCGAGCCACGGAUCGAUGAUCACAUGUGCCUGCCAGAGUUCUCACAGCCGCUUGUGACGGCGUUGCAACUUGUUCUCCUCGAAAUAUUCAAGUCUUGGGGAAUCCGCGCCCACAGCGUUGUUGGCCAUUCGUCGGGAGAAAUUGCUGCAGCAUGUGCGGCUGGUUUUCUCACCAAGGAAGAUGCCAUCAAGGUUGCUUACUUCAGAGGCAAGGCCGCGACAAAUUGCUUUGAUUCCAACGCUUCUGCUGUGGGAAUGAUGGCUGUAGGCCUUGGAGCAGAAAAUAUCAGACCUUAUCUCGCGGAUCUCGACGUUGAGAACAGUGUGCAAAUUGCAUGCUUCAACAGUCCAGACAGUGUGACACUUUCGGGCCAAGUUUCCGAUCUUGAAAGAGUUCAAGCCCGUCUGAAGGAGGAAAGCAUUUUCGCGAGGUUGCUCAAAGUCAACAUGGCGUAUCAUUCGACAUACAUGAACGAGGCGGGCAACCACUAUCGCACCUUGGUUCAACGAAGCUGUGGACGGCCUCUGGGUGGGGAUGCCAAAGUCACCAUCUUCUCCUUGGUUACUGGAGAGCGUAUGGCCCAGGCGGCUGAUGCAGACUACUGGAUGGCCAACAUGGCCUCUCCUGUCCGCUUCGCUCAGGCCUGCAAGGAGAUGAUCUCUGAAGGACCUGAUGCUGCCAGCUUUCUCAUUGAGCUUGGGCCAAGCGGCGCUCUCCAGGGUCCCAUCUCUCAGAUCAAGAAGGCUUUGGUCGGCCAAGGCUCGGACGCCAAGUACCAGGCCGCUCUCGCCCGCGGCGAUGACUCUACGAAUGCGCUCUUCUCGUCGGCCGGUCAACUCUUCAUUGCGGGUGCUGAUAUUGCUGUCGGGCGUGUCAACCGUAGUGUCUACACGGAUAACGCCCAACCUCAGGUCAUUGUGGAUCUGCCGAAUUACGCCUGGAAUCACUCGACAAAGUACUGGCAGGAGAGCCAGGCGAGCAAAGACUGGCGGUUCAGAAGGUUCCCUCAUCACGACCUCCUCGGAAGCAAGGUCCUGGGAACUUCUUGGACUAACUCUCCGACGUGGGAGAACAUACUGCGUCUCAAUGACUUGCCUUGGCUGAAGGACCACAAGAUGGGAUCUGACACGUUGCUACCAGCAAGUGGCUUUGUUGCCAUGGCAAUCGAGGCAAUGUACCAGCUAAAGCAGAGUGUCGACCCAGUUGAGGGAGUCGCCUGUGUCAGCGACCUGUCGUAUAGGUUGAGGGACACCAAGUUCGACAAGGCGUUGGUGUUAGAAGAAGGGGUUGGCGUAGAAGUUAAGCUCUCCCUGACGCCACACCCCGGCACGAAGAACAGCUGGUACCGCUUUACCGUGUCGACCCUGAGGGACGAGGUGGAGACGGAUCGUUCCACUGGUUUGAUAAUGGUCCAGGGUGCGGUUGACGAACGCGGCACCGAGUCUGACCUCAAGCCCCUUCAGCACUCCACCUCUGGCCGUCUCUGGUACAAGACUGUCAAUGAGAUUGGCUAUGGAUUUGGCCCAGCCUUCCAGAAGCAGAUCGCCGUGGAAGCCAGAGUGGGCCAACGCCAGAGUCGCUCCACCGUUUCCCUUACCGAACCUCCGGUGGCGCACUCGCCGCAGUCGCAGUACGCGAUGCAUCCAGCUUCCAUGGAUGGCUGCUUUCAAACCCUUACUCCAUCUCUAUGGGCUGGUGAUAGGGUUUCUCUCAAUGCAGUGCUUGUUCUAGCAAUCGUUGACGAGCUCAUCGUAGCUGCAAGCACAUCGAAACCUGAGACUGCCAUUUCCGUCACGACGUCCGAAUACACCGGCAGAGGUCGCCCUGAGGAGGCAAAAAGCUAUGCAUCAAGCUGCUCGGUUUUCGAUCCCAACACCUCGGCGCUGCUGCUGAAAGUCAAGGGAUUGAAGUACCAUAAGCUGGACGACGGUGUUGAACCCAUCGCGGGACAAACAUACUGUCGUUCAGUUUGGAAGCCAGACGUGACUUUCCUCCACGAAAGUCAACUGGUAAAUGUUCUGAGUGACGGAGAAACACCAACGGUCCACCAGAUUAUUGAUCUCAUUGCCCACAAAAGGGCGAACCUGAGGGUUGCAGAAGUGGACAUGGCUUCGACAGACAGCAACAAGGCACCAAAGCUUUGGUUUGACGGCGGCGAUCAAUCUGUCAGGGCAGCAUACACCGAGUUUUUCUUCUCUACGAACAACGCGAAGUGUCUCCUCGAUGCUCAGGCACAGUACCAAAAGGAGAGAAACUGCUCUUUUGGUCUUUCCGAUAUCACCAAACCCGAUUUUGCUGCUCCAGAGGCAAAGUUCGAUUUUGUCGUCUUGACUGUGGUGAAUCCUGGGACUCUCUCUUCGGCAAUUAAUGGAGCUUCCAAAAUGCUCGCACGCGGGGGGCAGCUGCUGGUGAUUCGCCGUGGCGCUCUGGAUAGCCAACAGACUGCGGCGAUCCAACAUGCGGAAGCUGCUGAAGCUAUCCGCGCUGGCGGCCUUGCCAAUGUGGUACCUAUUUCAACAAAGGGCGCCGAUUCCGCGUUUCUAUCCACUUUUCCAUCUUCCACGGGAAGAGCUGUCUCCGAGCCACUCAAUAUCGUGCAGCUUGGCAGCAGCAACGACACCAUCGAGAACGUGGAGCGUUCUCUGGCCGCGUCUGGCUUCCCGGCCCAAUAUCAUACGCCACCAUUCUCCUCGGUCGCUUCCAAAUCCACCGUGCUCAUACUAGACGAGCUCGUGCAGCCCGUCCUCGCCACUGCCACCGAAAAUCAAUGGGAGGCCCUCAAGCACCUCAUCAGCAUCGGCUGCCGCGUCUUGUGGGUGACCUACGGCUCACAGCACCUCGUGACGCACCCAACGAACGCCCUCGUGCACGGUCUGUUCCGCACUAUUCGCACAGAAGAUCCUGGUGCACGCCUUACAACGCUUGACGUCGCCGCCAACACUUCCGCUGCAGACGUUGCAUCAACCAUCGUACGGGUGCUGGCAGCGAUGGGCGCACAGGCUGACCAGAAGCUGCACAUCGAGCACGAGUACUGCGAACGUGACGGUGUCGUUUAUGCCAACCGCAUCCUGCCCGACGCCGGUGUCAACGCAUUCAAGGAUCACGAAGAAGUUGGAAGCGGGCCAGCGCCGGUCAUGAGGCGGUUGCGGGACUUGAAGGUCACGGCGAGGCUGAGGGCGGAGCGUGUAGGGACCCUGGACGCCCUGACAUUUGCCGAAGUGGCUAGGGAGGAAGCCCUAGUUGCCGAUGGGAAAGUGGAGGUGGAGAUCUUUGCUGUGGGUUUGAAUUUCAAGGAAGCGGCUACCAUCACGCUGGCGUACUCGACCUCUAUGUACGCUUUGCUGGAUCUUGGUGGUCUCCGAAAAGGACAGUCUGUGUUGAUUCACUCAGCCACCGGCGGUGUUGGCAUCUCUGCAAUUCAGAUAGCAAACUUUAUUUAUGCCACAGUCGGAACGGAUGAGAAAAGACGGUUCCUUACCGAGCAGUUCGGCGUGCCCUUGGGUCACAUAUUUUCGUCUCGCACGCCCGAGUUCGCAACCAAGAUACGCAAUGCCACAAACGGUCGUGGGGUUGAUGUAAUCCUCAACUCUCUUACUGGAGAGCUUCUUGAUGCCUCGUGGCGGCUCUGUGCCGAUGGAGGAACCAUGAUUGAGAUUGGAAAGAGAGACAUUGUCGAUCGCAAUUACCUUGCCAUGGAACCGUUCGACCGUAACUGCUCGUACAGGGCCCUAGACUAUUCCUUUAAGGCCAUGACGCUGCCCAUGAUAAGCGAUCUGCUUUCCCGAAUCUUCCACCUUGUUGAAGAAGGACAUCUGAAGCCCAUCAGGCCCGUCACAACUUUCAAGUUCGACAACAUUGCUUUCGCCUUUGCCCUGAUCCGCAGCGGCCGGCACAUGGGCAAAAUCGUUGUGACUGACGGAGAGGAUGCAAACCUAGAGCUUUCAUGUCGCUCCCUUGGCUGCGAAGUAAAGGAAGCCACUGCAGACAUUUGCAAGGAGGAAGAGGUUAUCCGUGUGUUUCAACAAGCAAGCCCGCCCAUUGCUGGAGUCAUCCAGGGUGCCAUGGUUCUCAAGGACAAACCUUACGAAACCAUGACCCUCAAUGAGUACCACGCCGUCAUUGCCAGUAAGGUCCAGGGAACCUUGAACCUUCAUAAGGCUUCCCUGCAAUCAGCAAUUCCGCUCGACUUCUUCACUCUCCUUUCCAGUAUCUCAGGGCUCGUGGGAAAGAAGGGUCAAGCCAACUACGCCGCCGGCAACGCUUUCCUUGAUGCCUUCUCCGCUUAUCGAAAUGCCCACGGCCUCGCUGCAAACGCUGUCAAUCUUGGAGUUAUUGAGGACGUGGGAUACAUCUUUGAGCAGGGCGGCAUGGAGCAGCACUUUGACCGCCGCCACUGGACGUACAUCAACGAGGUCAUCUUGCGUCGUAUCCUGGGCUACUCAAUCAUGCAGCAAAGCUCCGCUCCGUUCAACGCCCAUAGCGUGUCGCAGCUGGUUACCGGCAUCGCCGUUCCCCAGCCUGCAGACUCCGACAAUAGCAGAGACGCGCGCUUUGCCGCCAUGUUCGUGGGCGAUGGAGGGGAUGCGGCGUCCGGGGGCGCCAACGCGAAGUCCGGCGCGGACCAAGACCUCCAGGAGUUCUUCCUGUUGCAUCGAUCAGGCGCUGACCCGUCACUCGUGCUGAAGAGUGUGAUCGAGGUUGUCAACAAGCGCUUCAUGAAGAUCUUGGGAUUGGAUCAGCCGCUGGAGCCCGGAAAGCCAUUGGCUGCCUAUGGUCUGGACUCCCUUUCUGCCGUUGAGUUUAGGAAUUGGUUACGAGCUGACGUUGGGGCGGAACUAACAAUGCUGGAAAUUACGAAUGCUUUCUCGCUUGUUAAGCUGUGUGAGAAGAUCGUUGCAAAGGUAGCUACAAACUAG